UGUUCAUUUCUUCAGCAGCGAAUGUAACGAACGCUUUCAGACUCCGUUCUCUGUUACGUUAUUUUAAUGAUGUGAUGAACUUUGAUUUGUCGAACUUUUUUUCGAAGUGCUUUUUAUAGAUAAUAAAAAUGAAGAUCCUAAUGAGAGCGGACACCCAUUACAGCAUCGCUGUAACCGGAGCAUAUGAACCGAAGUACACUUUUUCACAGGUUUUAGCUGCUAUUGCUGUAUCGAUGGGCUCCAUGAUUAUAGGAUUCUCGUCAGGUUACACUUCAACUGGUCUUGUUACAAUGAAGAAUAGCACUGUUAUAUCAGCUAGUUGGAUUGGAAGCUUGAUGCCUUUGGCGGCACUCGCAGGUGGAGUGAUCGGUGGACCCUUGGUGGAUUAUUUAGGAAGGCGUAGAACUAUACUACUUAUAGCUCCGCCAUUCUGCGUGGGAUGGAUAGUUAUAGCCAUAGCACACGUUGUCGAAUUGGUUUUUGUCGGGCGUGCUAUUUGUGGAUUAUGUGUUGGUGUGGGAUCUUUAGCCUUUCCGGUUUAUUUAGGAGAAACAAUCCAACCAGAAGUCCGAGGAACUUUAGGACUAUUCCCUACAGCAAUUGGUAACAUAGGUAUAUUAAUUUGUUACCUAGCUGGCACAUAUUUGGACUGGUCCGCGCUUGCAUUUCUGGGUGCUGCUAUGAACAUUCCAUUCUUUAUUUUGAUGUUCAUCAUCCCGGAAACACCCCGAUGGUAUAUUUCGCAUGGUCGCAUGGAAGAAGCUCGAAAAGCACUACAAUGGCUUAGAGGGAAAAAUUGUGAUAUCGAGAGUGAAAUUCGAGAGAUUGCAAUUUCAGACGCAGAGGCUCAAGCCGAUAAUGCAAGCAUACGAGAUCUUUUUAGCAUCAAAUAUACGAAGGCGAUACUUAUUUCUCUCGGUUUGAUGGCUUUCCAACAGCUUUCUGGUAUAAAUGCCGUCAUAUUCUAUACUGUGACAAUAUUUCAAAUGUCAGGAAGUUCUGUGGACGAAAACCUUUCAGCAAUUAUUGUAGGAAUCGUUAAUUUCGCUUCCACUUUUGUCGCUACAGCACUAAUAGAUAGAGCUGGACGAAAAUUAUUAUUAUAUAUCUCUUCAGUGACCAUGACUAUUACUUUAAUUAUUUUGGGUACAUUCUUCUAUGUUAAAUACCAAGCAAAAUUAGAUGUAUCUGAUUUGGGUUGGUUACCACUGACUACCGUUAUGAUAUACUUGUUAGGAUUCUCACUGGCUUUCGGACCAAUACCAUGGUUAAUGAUGGGUGAAAUUUUGCCAGCAAAGAUUCGAGGUAGCGCGGCUUCCAUCUGCACGGCAUUUAACUGGCUAUGUACAUUUAUUGUAACAAAAACAUUUCAGAACAUUGUUGAUGCGAUCAGCGCGGCGGGCACGUUUUGGCUGUUCGGGAGUAUUUGUUUUGUAGGCUUAUUCUUUGUUAUUGUUUGCGUACCAGAAACGAGAGGCAAAAGCCUUGAUCAAAUCGAAAAUAAAAUAACCGGUAGAGAAGAGAAACCCAGAACUCGUCGACUAAGCUCGAUAGCAAACAUUAAGCCUUUGCCAAACGGAUGCUAAGAAGAUGUUUUAAGCAUUUAUUAAUUGAAUAAAAUUAGCUUUAAAGUAGCAAUUAAUAACUUUUCCUAUAUUCUUUUCACAAUUUUUAGGCAGUAAAAACAUUGUGUAGAAAAAGAUUUCUAUAAAAAAAUCUUAUAUCUAAUAGUACAAUGGUAUCAUACUUAGUUGUUGUAACUGGUUCUAUUGGCAGGUAGACUUUACGAGGAUUAUAAUUUAUGACAUGAAUGCCAAAGUAUUUUAGUAGUUUUUAUUGGGAAAUUAUUACAUUUAGUAACUAUUUAUAAUGAUUUUAUUUUGUAGUUUGUAUCAUACAUUACUUAAUGUAAAAUACUAAGCUUUUUGGCAAUCUUAUGACA